CGGGGCUCUGUUGCCUGAGUAACUGGGCGUCGGUGUCGUUGUCGGUCCUCCGGUCGGCGUGAGACCUAUUUCCGUGGGCAGAGCACCUGAGACUAUGAAUCACAGCGAAAGAUUCGUCUUCAUUACAGAGUGGUAUGACCCAAACGCUUCGCUUUUCCGACGUUAUGAGCUCUUGUAUUACCCGGGGGAUGGAUCUGUUGAAAUGCAUGAUGUGAAGAAUCAUCGCACCUUUUUAAAGCGGACCAAAUAUGAGGAUCUCCACUUGGAAGAUUUAUUCAUAGGCAACAAAGUGAACAUCUUCUCUCGACAACUGGUGCUAAUUGACUAUGGGGAUCAGUACACAGCUCGCCAGCUGGGCAGCAGGAAAGAAAGAACAUUAGCCCUGAUUAAACCAGAUGCAAUUUCAAAAGCUGGGGAAAUAAUUGAAAUAAUAAACAAAGCUGGAUUUACUAUCACAAAACUCAAAAUGAUGCUGCUUUCAAGGAAAGAAGCAACAGAUUUUCAUGUAGACCAUCAGUCAAGGCCCUUUUUAAAUGAGCUGAUCCAGUUCAUUACAAGUGGCCCUAUCAUUGCCAUGGAGAUUCUAAGAGACGAUGCUGUAUGCGAAUGGAAGAGACUUCUCGGACCAGCCAACUCGGGGGUGGCACGGACGGCCGCGCCCGGAAGCAUCCGAGCGCUCUUCGGCACCGACGGCCUGAGAAACGCGGCUCACGGCCCUGACUCCGUUGCUUGCGCAGCCAGAGAAAUGGAGUUGUUUUUUCCUUCGAGUGGAGUCUGUGGGCCAGCGAACACCGCUCAAUUUACCAACUGUACCUGUUGCAUCAUUAAGCCGCAUGCCAUCAGUGAAGGGCUGCUGGGGAAGAUCCUGGUGGCCAUCCGGGACGCAGGCUUUGAAAUCUCAGCUAUGCAGAUGUUCAACAUGGACCGAGUCAACGUUGAAGAGUUCUAUGAAGUUUAUAAAGGAGUAGUGUCUGAGUAUAACGAGAUGGUGACAGAAAUGUAUUCUGGCCCCUGCGUAGCGAUGGAGAUUCAACAAACGAACCCUGCAAAGACAUUUCGAGAGUUCUGUGGACCUGCUGAUCCUGAAAUCGCGCGGCACCUACGUCCCGGGACGCUCAGAGCCAGCUUCGGGAAAACAAAGAUCCAGAACGCCGUUCACUGCACCGAUCUCCCCGAGGACGGGCUGCUGGAGGUUCAGUAUUUCUUCAAGAUCCUGGACAACUAGCAGCGCGGACACUCAGGAGUCACGGGCUGAGGCGUUCACACAAGAGCGAA